AUGGCCUCCGAUGCUUCUACUCCAGCGACUUCCACUUGCUUUGAAGAAGUUGUCGACAUGCUGGAAGAUGAACUUGUGGAGUUGACCGAUUUGGAAAAGAAGCGACAUGAUGAAACAGUCGCUACCAUUGAGGAAUUGGUCGACUCUUUGGAGGAAACAUGGAUCCUCGAAUUUCACGAGGAAGAUGAAGUCUCAGAAUUAAGAUCGAUGAUCUUAACAAUGAUUCAUAAGUGAGUUUAUUAAUUCGUGUGAACUUCAAUGUGAAUAAGAUGCCCGUCUUAAUAUAUCUCUAAAUUUCAAUUUUUUCAGUGCUGCCAACAAACUUUUGGUGCGCUCGGAGAAGACGCACCUUGAAAACGACGUAUGCGCAAUAUGCCUCGAAGAAAAGACCCGAGAUUCAGUUUACUGCUUACAGUGUCUAAAAGUUGUCAGCUGUAAGUGCUGCAUGGUAGAACUGAUCAAAAAUAGGAAAGACGAACACUUCCUGAAAUGCCUCAGGUGUCAACGGAAAAGUCCCACCGAAUUACCGUUAUUCGAUUGUGUGAAUUUGUAA